AUGGCGGCGCCCAUGUCGAAUAUUCUGAGGUCAUGGAAAUUUUCGUAUUUGAAGAGUGUAAGAGUUAUAUGCAGAACUUACCUCUCGGAUACAUACUCCUGUGAUGAACUAUGGAAUAAACGACUGGAAGCAAAAAGUGUUAAAGGCAUUAAUGCAAAGAAGUUUGGAAUAGGCAUAUGGAAUAAGUGUGAUGAAGAGCAUGCUGUUCAGCUAUUGGACAUGGAUUUGUUUUCAACAAAAGUAAACACACUCAAACUAGAUGAAGAAUAUAUAGCAAAAGAAGUCAUAUUCAGAUUCCGUCACAGCCAGUGCAGCUUCCCUAUCAAAGACUGUAUUGUCCACUCCAUUGUGCGGGGCUAUAUUGAGGCAGGGUUUGUGGACAGACUUAUACCACUGAUGCAAGAUAAGGAUCAGUAUGGGCUACUCCCUGAUGAUCAGGCCAUGUGUAUCCUGCUCAAUUACUUAUUGACUGAGAAAAAAUAUGCAGAGGCUGGUCAGGUGGCAUAUGAGGUGAUGCUGCAGGAGGAUUAUAAUCACAUCCUUAAGAACAUGCUGGCCCUCAUAGCCGCCGUCAAACAUUUCACUCACACCUGCACCUUCAAGCGAUAUGAGCCUCAACAGCUCGGGGAUGAGGACCCACAGUAUAUUCCUAAAUCAGUGAUCACAAACCCAUAUUAUGACGACCAUUUUGAUAUAAAAGAUGAAAGAUUUCUACUUGGCAAGACUUUAUAUAACCUUGGGAAGCACACACAAGGUUUAGAUGGAACACUGUCUAGGACUUUACAACUGAUUGGUUUAGGGUUGUAUGAAAAAUUUGAAUUGGCCAAUCAGCUGUUGACUUCAUGGAUGAAUGAUUCUUCACUUGAUACUAUUGUGUAUGAAAUAGCUAUUGAGAAGUAUGAGCAGUACCUGGAGGAGGCUCCCCAUAGGGACCCACACAAAGCUGAGAAGAAAAUGGGUGAAAAAACCAUUGAUGACGAGAUAGAGCUACUCCGCCUUACUCCUGAUGAAAAACUGGACUGUAUACAGAAGUUUGAGGUAAUGAAAAGGCAGCUUAAAUCUAAAUCAGGUACGGAAAAUGACAUUGAAAAAGCAGUUGAAGAUUUUAUUUGGAACCAGAAGCUCCCUAAAUAUGAAGAAACAGACACUCAGAUUCUUAAAAAAAACUAUGAGAAGUGGAUGAGAGAUCGUGAGAGGAAAUUUGAGGUUGCAACUCGACGGGUGUUGGUAGCAGAUGUGGAGGGUCGCGUCCAGGAGCGUCUUGAAGUCUUACAGGAGCGUCAGGAGCUGCUUGAGUACUUUGACAACCUGCCAGAGAUACGCUUCCUACAGAAGUACCGAAAGGAGGAGGUUGAGGUUGUAGAGAAGCAGGAGGAGUUUGUUCAGGCACCAGGCGAGAGAAACAUCAAGCUCAAGAUCAAAAAGAAAUAGGGAUCGUGUGUCAAAUGAGACUGAAUUGUUAUGGUUUGUGUUUUCAGUGAUGCAGUGCUAAAUGGAAUUGAUAAACAGUUAUGAGUAUCCAAAUCAUGUAAUUUUUGUUUGUUGGUAAGAACUUAACAAAAUAAUUAUGUUGUGUUAUUGUACUCAGCCUGAAACCAACUCUUUGAAACUAGGCAGCCUCUAUAUUUCGCUAAAUGAUGAAUAAUGAAUGUGUUCAUUCAAAAAUUUAUGCUAGCAAUGUGUAUGAUUUAUGUUAGUUGUGAUAUGAAUAGUAAAGUUCUUUUUUUUC